ACUCCAGGGCCCGUUUGUCCUUGGAGAUCUUGAGCAGCUCCACGGCGUGGCACUCAUACAGGGCAAAGCCACACACUUCUCAGAUCGUGUCCCACAAGAAUUUUGUAUGCUUGGUGAGGCUCCACAGCAGUGGCUAUACCUCAGUUUGCUAACAUUCUUGGUCACCUUGUGACCCUUGUUAAGGCCCAUGGCCGUGGGGUAGCACAGAGCUGUGGUUACUGCUCUUCAAUGGCUGCUGCAGUAGAAGGCUGUUAAAUCUCUUUUAAUCUAUAGUUCCCCUGCCCUUUUUUUUAAAAAAAGCAUUUUAUUUGUUGAAGAAACAGGGUCACUUGUUCUGUAGAAUUUCUAUUAGAUUGAAUUUGUUGAUUGCAUCUCCAUGGUGUAAUUUAACAUGUUCUUCUAUCCCUUGUGUUUUAAUAAUCCAAUGGUAUGAUCUGAUUUAGGUUCAGUUUUAUAGCAGGAAUAAUUUGCAGGUGGUGCGUGUGUUUCCAGAGUUGGAACAUGAUGGUAGGUUGAUGCUCUCUGUGAUGUUAGGUGCUAUCAAUGAUCCUCACCUGGAUCAUUUUUUUCAUUAGACUUGCGUUUUGAAGGGUUGACCCUGGUUGCUGGUGUGCAUUUGUGUGUGUGUGUAACAGGAUCGUUGUGAGGACUGAGUGGGAUAAUCAUGCAACAAAACACUUGGCACUGUGCCUAGCUAGCACACAGUGACUACAUUGUUGUUGUUAUUGUUAGAGCUGUGUGGGACCCAAGUCCUGAGCUCUGAGCCAUUUUCUGGCCAGGGCUCUCUCCUCCUUUCUCCUUUGCCCCUGGAGGAGAAGUCAGCAGUGCCCCGGGCUCUGAGAGGCAUGUUCAGGAAUGCAGCAGCCGUCUAUCUGCGCUUGGUGAGGCACAAGGGAAGGAAGGCUGGAGCCUCGCUCACCCGGCACUUGCACCAGACUGUAAGUGUUCUAGCCCCAGUGCUCAGCCACCUGCAUGGCUCAGGGCUACUGGGAUCGGGCAUAGUCCUGGCUUCCAAGCUGUACAUGAGCAUCCUCCUUCAGGAAGCCUUCCCUGACUGCAGCCUGGUUGUGAGCCCCUCCCUUGCUCUUGCUUCUCUAGCAGAAGUCCAGGUUGGAGUGGAGGGGUGGCUGGUGCUGAUUCUCCAUUCGUUACCCAGGGUAGAACUUGUCCAGCUGGCCAGUGAAUCUGAUGCCGUGAACUUGGGCCAGGGCUUCCCUGACUUCCCGCCCCCAGACUUCGCCGUGGAAGCCUUUCAGCAAGCCAUCAGCGGGAACUUCAUGCUCAACCAGUACACCAGGGCGUUCGGUUACCCACCACUGACAAAGAUCCUGGCAAGUUUCUUUGGGAAGCAGCUGGGACAGGAGCUGGACCCACUCACGAAUGUACUGGUGACUGUGGGUGCCUACGGGGCCCUGUUCACAGCCUUCCAGGCACUGGUGGAUGAAGGAGACGAGGUCAUCAUCAUCGAACCCUCUUUUGACUGUUAUAAGCCCAUGACACUGAUGGCAGGGGGUCACCCUGUAUUUGUGGCCCUGAAGCCGAGUCCCACCCAGGAUGGGGAACUGGAUUCCAGUAGCAACUGGCAGCUGGACCCCACAGAGCUGGCCAGCAAAUUCACAUCUCGUACCAAAGCCCUGGUCCUCAACACACCCAACAACCCCCUGGGAAAGGUGUUCUCCAGGGCAGAGCUGGAGCUGGUAGCCAGCCUGUGCCAACAGCACAAUGUGGUGUGCAUCAGCGAUGAGGUCUACCAGUGGAUAGUCUACGACGGGCACCAGCACAUCAGCAUCGCCAGCCUCCCUGGCAUGUGGGAGCGGACCCUGACCAUCGGCAGUGCCGGCAAGACCUUUAGCGUCACCGGCUGGAAGGUGGGCUGGGUCCUGGGUCCAGAUAAUAUCAUGAAGCACCUGAGAACUGUGCACCAGAACUCGGUCUAUCACUGUCCCACGCAGGCCCAGGCCGCGGUAGCCCAGUGCUUUGAGCGGGAGCAGCUGCACUUUGGCCAACCUAGCAGCUACUUUGUGCAGCUCCCACAGGCCCUGCAGCGCCACCGUGACCACAUGAUACGCAGCCUGCAGUCAGUGGGCCUGAAGCCUGUGAUCCCCCAGGGCAGCUACUUCCUCAUCACAGACAUCUCGGGCUUCAAAAGCAAGAUACCUGACUUGCCUGGUGCUGCAGAUGAGCCCUAUGACAGACGCUUCCUCAAGUGGAUGAUCAAGAACAAGGGCUUGGCAGCCAUCCCAGUCUCCAUCUUCUGUAAUGUGCAACAUCAGAUGCCCUUUGACCACUAUGUCCGCUUCUGUUUUGCAAAGGAUGAAUCCACACUCCGGGCCAUGGACGAGAAGCUACAGCAGUGGAAGUCUGAUCUCAGACCCUGACAUCACCCCUGGGCCCUGCCCUGUCUGGUUCCUAUGCACUCCUUGGGUGUCUGUCCUGGUCCAGGUUUCAGCCACUCCCAGGUCGGGAGAAAAUGGAUGGUACAGGGUACCCCUUCUCUAUGACAUGGAAUAUUCCCAGGGAAAGCCCCCCUUUUUGGUCUUGGGGGAGUCGGGAGUCACCUCCCCAUAGUGCCUAUACUCCUGUCUUGGAGGUGAAGGCCUGUCCUCAGCCUCUCCCUGCACCUCCCUAGGACCGGUCGUUGUGCCUUGGGUUGUUUCUGGCCUCCCCAGACUUGGCUGGGGCUGAAGGAGCAGAGUCCAACAGUGUAUAGGACUUCAAGUCCCAUCCCUGUCCUGGCCCCAGCUAAGGCUCAGGCCUUUCCUUAUCUCACCUUGAACUUCGAAAUUUGCCUUUAUGGUUGAGUCCUUAAGCCCGUCCUUUUUGCCCAUAAUAAAGUUUUAAGUUAUGCAAACCCUUA